AUGUCAACAAAUGUUAACGAAGACAGGAAAAGGCUGAAAGAAUUGAUAACGGAGGCUUCCAAUCUCGAAAGAGAACUAAAGAAGCAAGAACAGGAAAGACGUAAAUUCAAUAGUAACCCCGAGAGCUCAGCAGAGUUUGAAGAAGAUACUGAAUUUUUGCGAAAUAGUCUUAAAGAUAUCUACGAAGACCUUCUUUUGAUCGAUAUUAAAUUCUCUAACGAACACAAUAUCGAAGAAAAACUUUGGCAUCACGUCUUUUAUAGCCACAUCGAAGAGCUUAGACAGAAGCUACGCAGAAUUAACAAAAACGAAAGGACAAAUGAGUAUGAAGCGGCAUAUUUAGAAUUGUGCCGUUAUCUUGAUUUAGGAACCGGGUUUUAUCACACCAUUGUGAAUAAUUUGAAAAUUCGAGAAAAUAUUGAUCUGGAUCGGGUUGGAAUAGAAAUCUUUAGGAACAGCAUCCCCACUGCUUCCCGGAACGCGCCCAAACUCCGUAAGAAAGAGCUCUCAGCCGAAUGUAUUCAACGGUGUCUUAUCCAUCUCGGAGAUUUUGCUCGAUACCGCGAAAUGAUUUAUGAAACUAACGACAGACGUUGGGAAUUUUCGAGGCAGUUUUAUGCAAAGGCCGCCAGAGUUCAUUGCGACAAUGGAAAGGCACAAGCCCAGCUUGCGCUUCUUUCUGCGCUUCGAGACAACGAUAUCGAUGUUGUUUAUUGGUACUGCUUCAGCCUUGCUACGAAGCAACCCCCAAACAAGUCUGUGGACAAUCUGAAAGUAUUUUACACAAAAUUUGCCCAACGUAUCCCCCUGAGUGACUUCAGUGUAAAUGAUACGCAGGAUAUCGAUAGUUUCAUAAAGAGAUUUUUGGUAAUACAUCGUUAUUUAUUCGAGGAAGACGUUGAUAGCUUGCAAAAAUAUAUUAUUUCCCCGGAGGAGUCCAUCGUAAUGUUUGAAUCUCUCUUAACUUCCCGGAUAGAUAUAACUCGAAGCUUAGGUGUGAUUCUUAAAAAGAUUAUUUUCAUCAUAAUCUUCACCGUCUGGAAUUUACGUAAUGGAUCAACUCAAAAUCGCAACACUGAGCUUCGUAGCUUAAGUAUUGGGUUGGCUUUUAGUCUAUUGGUUCCAAUUAUGAAAAAUAUGUGUAUGAUAUGGACCGUCGAGGAUCAAGUGGACGAUGGGCUAGGAUCAGUAGUGUUAGAGUGUUUGGCUGCUAUUUCUUUGUGGUGUCAGUAUUUGGGAACGUUGACAGAGUUGUUGCCCCAGUUGUACAUCCACGCAAAGUCAGUAGAAAAAGAAAAUAAGAUAAUAUUCCAGAUGUUUUUAAAGAAUUUGAAUAAUUUUUUUGGGUCACUAGCCGACAUUCUCAACCAUCCAAAAAUUUCCUUGUUGAAUGUUAACAGCGCGGAAUUAUCUAGGAAGUCCAUUUAUGAAGAUAUUGAAUUUCUAGGAGUAGUCCCUUUGCGCGUUCUACACCAAGACAUGACCUUCACAUCGGAAGCUGAUCCACUGAGAGUAAGGGUGACUAGAAUGUUCGUUUUCGGAAAGCGAAUGGCUGAACUCAAGCAAUUUGAUAUGUUCAUCUAUAAUGAAACGACUGGACAAUACGCGUUAAUCGAUGAAGAAACAAAGAAAAAGGAACGUCAGAAAGUAAUGAAAUUAAUGGCACAGCAAUUGUUACAAGAUCAAGUGAAUUCAUUAGAAACUAAUUUGCAAAAGAGAGGUUUACCCCUACAACGAAAAGAUAAUCGAAACUCCCUCACUGCAUCUUCCAAGAACACUGUUGUCUUUGAUAUUGGUGUAAUUCUCAAUCAUUUAAAUUCUGUUAAAAAAUGGGUUGUUGAUGGAAAAUGUUAUGUGAUUGUUCCUUUAGAUGUUAUUGAUUCCUUGGACCUUAUCAAAAAGGGAAGCGCCCAAGAAAAUGCUAGAGCUCGAGAGGCCAUUCGAUACUUGGAUCUACAAUUUCAGAAAAGGCAUCAGCAGAAUCCUGUUGAGCACUUUAUUCGCGCACAGAAAGUGGAUGAAAAAUUACCUCAGUGGGCUUCGGCAGAGAAAUACCUUGAUGAAAAAAGUUUACCAGAAAGCAUCGAAUAUGAUGGACACGAUGAAGGGAAGGAAGAUAUGGAAAAAUUUAGUGUAGACAAUGUACCACAAGAAUAUCGACCGGUGCUAAGUUGCUGGCUUUAUUAUUUUCGGUUGUCGGAUAUUGAAAAUACAUUUUUCGUGACUGAAGACAUGGAGUUAAAAAAAUAUGCCAAGAUGUUUGGUUUACCGGUUAUUGAUGUGAAAGAUAUUUAA